AAACUCUUGGUCGUAAACAGCUACGCAACUUCCGGUUGAAACAUGGCUGCGCACUGACAAAUGUCACAUUAGUUUUGGACAACCGGACAAAAAACAAGCUGUCAGUAUUGCAACUCUACUGACCUAUUACCCGGAAGCCUCAUUCACGACUUCAGAGGGUUUUAAAAGUAUUAAGCUGGCAUCAUGGUCCAACUGUCGUCACAGCUCUUAAAACGGUACCACGGGGGUUACGUGGUCCUCCGCAUGGCUCUGGCAGGCCACAAGCAAGCCAACAGACCCUUCUACCGCAUCGUGGCGGCAUACAACAAGCGGGCGCGCGAUGGCAAGUACAUCGAGCAGCUGGGCACGUACGACCCUCUGCCCAACGUGCACAACGAGAAGCUGGUCAGCUUCAACUCGGACCGCAUCAAGUACUGGAUCGGCUGCGGCGCGCACCCCACCAAGCCGCUGGCCAAACUUCUGGGUUUGGCGGGGUUUUUCCCCCUCCAUCCCAUGACGGUGACGGAGGCCGAGCGUCGGCGAGCCCAAGCGGCACAGAUAGAAGCGGAAACGAAAAAAAGUCAGGAGGCGGAAGUGUGAAGAGUUGUGAUGUCACAGCAGCACACAGAGACUGUUUUUGUACUUUGUAUAUUAUGUUAGACUUGUGCUUGAUGCACUGAGUAAAUCAAUAAUUAAAAGUGAGGAAAACUCGAA